AAAUCCUCCUCCCUCCUCCGUCAGCCGCGCCUCCGCAGCCACAGCUGAUGGCCAACCUUUUAGCUGCCAACGCUACGGAACUUAGCAAGUAGCUAGCGGUGUACCGUUGUUAAAAUGUGUACGAGGUGUUAGCUAAUCGUCAUAUGUGUGUACUGUCUUAGACUUCACCAAAGGUGCGUUGCGGACUAGACGGGUCCUGUAAAUCUGCCACUGUACUUCACGGGCAUUUCAGUACCACGCGUAGUUCUUUGCUACUCACAUUAGCUGACUUGUGUAGUUUGACAGUAGGAUCACAGAGGUGUCCAGCUAACCGGGCUAACAGCUAGCUGGUGAGCUAUAACAUAGCAUUGCUAGCUGUUUUGUUAACAACUUCGGUCUGGCUUGACUGCGUUUGAAUGCUGCUGUUUUUCAAGUAGUGGUGCCUAUGUGAGCCUUGGAUGAGAUCUGGAUCUGAGCCUUGGGCUGUCUAUGAUGUUCAGAGCUUUUCUCCUCACGUCACCUGACUUCACUUGGUCCAUUUAACAGUCUUGUAUCAUAACUGCCAAACCAAUCCCACAUCUCUGCUUGGAUACAGUAUGAUCAUUCACUCUGAGCCCACCCAGUCCUCUGGGAUAAGAGUCCCCCAAAACCAAGCUCUUCAAAUGAUAUGAUAGUAGCCGCCUGGAUCACUUUCUGUGCCUGCAGGAGCCUUGCACGGGUUCUGCUCUUCCUUUCCUCCUCAUACUCCCCUCCUCCACUCUUGGAGACCCUUGCCACUGUGGUCUCCGGUACUGGAACCAUGGGUAACAGCUGCGUGUGCCGGGAAGAUAGUGACUUGGAGGACCAUCAUCAUGGGUCGUCAAGGGCGACCAGAGGACAAGUUAGGCGAGUGGAUCACAGCACAGGUGCAGCUGUUGAUCCUGGAGAGGCCCGGAGCAGUCGACCCAGGGACCCGGUCAGGCCGCCACGCCGAGGGAGAGGGCCCCAUGAGCCAAGACGGAAGAAGCAGAAUGUGGAUGGCCUGGUGCUGGACACACUGGCUGUCAUCAGGACACUUGUGGACAAUGACCAAGAGCCCCCUUACUCCAUGAUCACUUUGCAUGAGAUGGCAGAGACGGAUGAUGGUUGGCUGGAGGUUGUUCAGUCUCUGAUUCGAGUGAUCCCAUUGGACGAUCCGCUUGGCCCUGCAGUGAUCACCCUUCUGUUGGAUGAGUGUCCCCUGCCCACCAAGGAUGCUCUCCAGAAACUCUCUGACAUGUUGAGUUUGAGUUCAGCUGUAGCACGACAGGAUGCUCUAAACCCUGCUAAACACAGAAACACCACAGCUGUCCUAGGAUGUCUGGCGGAGAAACUGGCUGGUCCAGCCAGUAUUGGUUUGUUGAGCCCUGGAACGCUUGAGUACCUUCUAGAGAGUCUGAGCUCGGAGGCCCACCCUACUGUCAUGCUGUUUGCUCUCAUCGCUUUGGAGAAGUUCUCCCAGACCAGUGAGAACAAACUGACGGUGUCUGAGUCGUGUAUCAGCAAUAGACUUGCUGUCCUGGAGUCGUGGGCAGAGCAUCCUGACUACCUGAAGAGGCAGGUUGGGUUCUGCUCACAGUGGAGCCUUGACAAUCUGUUCCUGAAGGACGGUCGUCAGUUCACCUACGAGAAGGUCAACCUCAGCAACAUCAAUGCCAUGCUCAAUAGCAACGAUGUCAGCGAGUACCUCAAGAUCUCCCCCACUGGGCUAGAGGCACGAUGUGAUGCCUCCUCAUUUGAGAGCGUGCGUUGCACAUUCUGCGUGGAUUCAGGCGUUUGGUACUAUGAGGUGACGGUCAUUACAUCAGGAGUGAUGCAGAUCGGAUGGGCCACCAAGGACAGCAAGUUCCUCAACCAUGAGGGUUAUGGGAUAGGAGAUGAUGAAUACUCCUGUGCGUAUGAUGGCUGCAGGCAGCUCAUCUGGUACAACGCUCGCAGUAAACCUCACUCUCACCCCUGCUGGAAGGAGGGAGAUGCCAUCGGCUUCCUGUUGGACCUCAGCAAGAAGCAGAUGAUCUUCUACCUGAAUGGACAUCAGCUGCCGCCAGAGAAACAGGUCUUCUCCUCGGCCACGUCCGGUUUCUUUGCAGCAGCAAGUUUUAUGUCAUACCAACAGUGUGAGUUCAACUUUGGGGCCAAGCCUUUCCGCCAUCCACCUUCUGUCAAGUUCAGCACCUUCAACGACUUUGCUUCACUGCUGCCCAGUGAAAAGAUCAUCCUACCCAGACAUCGGCGUCUGGCCUUACUAAAGCAGGUUAGCAUCCGAGACAACUGCUGCACGCUGUGUUGUGACGUCAUGGCUGACACGGAGCUGCGGCCCUGUGGACAUGGUGGUAUGUGUAUGGAGUGUGCCUUACAGUUAGAGACAUGCCCCCUGUGCCGCCAGGACAUCCAGACCCGCGUCAGACUCAUUGCACAUGUCUCCUGACACACUUCCUGCUGCUCGUCCAUUAAGGAGAGACACACAAGCCCCUACAGCCUCCUCCUCCUCCUCCUCCUUUCCCCUCUCAGCCAGCAGGGCUGCGAGGAUGGUGCCACAGUGUUGCAAUGAAAUCAGAACUGUGACUUCUGGUAAGAGGAAGCGGCGACAGAGAGGCGGAGAGAAGAAAGAGAGAUGAGAGGAGGGGAAUUUUAAUCACAGCCGGAGCCCCAGGAUCUUUCCCUCAUUUACUUACAUCUCCUCUUUUAUAUCCUUCUGACAACUCACUGCAGAAGCUGGGCCGAGAGUCAUCCACUUUCUAUCAACAGUGUGUUUUUCAGGCAAAAACAGGAGAAGUGAGGAGUAGGGACAUUUUAAACAGAUUACAGUCAGAAGCAACUUCCCUCCCUCUGUAGAGUUAUUGACAUCCUUUCUAUGAUAUGAGGAUCCCACUGCGCUUUCAGCCCAGAGGCUACUGCUAUUUAAUCCCAUCACCGCCAUGCACAUGUCUGCAGAUGAGAAAGGGCUGGGUAGCAGAAAGGAAUGCGGUGUGAAAUACAGUAUUAAAUCCAAGGUACAGAUAAAUCUGAGAUGUCUCACUUUCAUGUUUUGGGGUAUAUAUGGUGUAUGAUGUUCUCGAGGUAGCAUUUUCAUUCCCUUUUCUAAGAGUUGUACCCACACCUAUUAAUUGGUCAGCUUGGGUAUCAGAAACUUGCAAAUUUAUUCCUAGAGUUCAGUUUUUGGUUUACAGAAGCAAAAUUUAAAAGUCAAAUCAGCUGUGACACGGCAGUGAAUAUUAGUGUCACAAUUAUUGUUUUACAACAAGUAGAAAACAAAAUACUUGAAUCUGUAUGAGAUCUAAUUGAUUUUCAGCAUAGCUGACCCUGCUGCUUUUUGUGCUUUGUCGUUGCUCAGAUGUUAUUUCCUCAGUCUCAGCCAUGUAUGUAACAACCACAACAAAUAAAUACACAACAAUUAGAAUUUACAGAAAGAUAAUCUGUGAAUGAAAUCACUUUUUCUCUUUUCUUUUUUGUUUGAGCCAAUGAGGGGGUUGUAUACAAUUUCCACCACUUUCUGAAUUUAUCUAGGAUUGUUUGAUUGGUGCUAAAAAUUUGACAAAAACUUUUAAUGCAGCUCCAUUGUAAGUCGGGCUCAUUUGAGGGGCAGCAUAUGGAAGUACGUCUUCAUUUUUGUUUGUGAUAACAAACGCACGCGUCUGUACCAAGACGACUAUUUUCAGUCCACAGGAUGUGAUUUAAUUUUGUAUUUAAAAUGAUGGCUAUGUAGAAUCUUGGUUGAGAGGAACAACAGCUUUUGUUGACUGAUCGUGUUGUAUUAGCCCAUCAGUAAAUUGUUUGAAACAACUGUGAGACGUUUAAGAGAAUUGUUUUUCCUCAAAGUUUACUAAAUAUCCCCGGGUCAUUCUUUAAACGUUCACAUUUUGAGUCCAGUUUUGCAGUAAAAUAAUUUACACAUGUUAGAAACUGUCCACAGCAGACGGGCAUGACGUAAAGACAUGAGUUGUGGGAUCUGUUGCAUACAGAAUUGAUCUUGUCAAAAGAGGUUUGUCUGUUUGGAAGAGAUUGGUUCAAACUGAGUAUAAUAUCUUUGUGCUCUGUAUAGCAUAGCAUAUCUCUCUGCUCUCAUUUUGUCAUUUCUCCAUCUUUCUUCCUGUCUUUAUAAGAACCUCAUAUUUUGUGUGUCUUUCUGUCCAUCCUUUACUUGAAGCAUCUCUGGGGUUGAAUGAAUGAUGUGUAUUUUGAAAGCAGGUGAUGAAAUGAACAUGAGAGAUUGUGAUUCAGGAAAAAUUUGUAGAAUUAAAACAAUCAUCGAUGUUUCAAAUUAUCGUACUGAAUAAUUUAGAAUUUAUUUUGGUCAAAUUGUUUAUUAAGGAAUUAUUACUCCAACAAACUGCAUGAACAGGAUCUGUAAAAUCAAACUUAAUUCAAACUGUACUGGAAUGAUUUUCAAAAGAUAACGCAUCUCUCAGUAUGAUGAAAGACUGUUCUGGUCACCGUUUGCUGUCUGGUAUUUUCCGAUGCACCUUAUACAUGCAGGUGAGAGAAAUUAUACUGUUGUCUCUAUGCUUGGAGAUGAAGUUCAGGAUUGUAAAGAAUAAGUUGUGAGUUGUAUUUAAAACAUCUAUAUUUUGCCCCAGAGUUCCCAAAGAUGUGACUGAUUGAAGAAUUGUUUCCUGAAUUGUGAUAUUUGUAAUAAAUGUAUGCACAUGUGAUUUUAUUCAUUCAUUCA